CCGCCGCGGCCAAUCGCGCCACGACGGGGGAGGAGCCCCAAAGGGGGAAAAAAGAAAGUGCAGCGGAAAGUAAGAGGCUCAUUGGGCAACGACUGUCCGGAUCACGGUCCCUAGGGCUCCGCUUUGACCAGACGCAGGGAAAGAAGCAGCGCUGGGCUAGUCGGCAUCCAUUCUCGCUGCUUUCGCUGCGCCCACUCUGUCUCUCAAGAAAGGAGGUACUUUCCUGACCUGUGUGCCAAUGAGGAAACUGAAUCCCGGAACAGUUACGAUGCCUGCACAGCUAUAGAGGAUUUAAGUCCUCGUCUGUGUGACUCAGAAGCCACACUGAAACCUUGCACUUCGCUUCACGGUACCAAGAGUCCUCAAGUAGUUACUCCACACAUUCUGCCCAGGCUUACAGCUGCUUUCAUUGAGAAAGACAGUGAGAAGAGAAGAGUGGCCACCACGGGGCAUGAGGUUUACGUAUUUCCCUUUACUAUAAAUUCACUGUAAGUGGACUGCUGACCACAUCUGAAUUCAGGAUUUCUAGAUUUUCUAUUCUUCACGAAGAAAGAAAAGUGCCUGGAUUACAAAACAUUUCCAAGGAAAUGCAAAGAAGGGUGGACAAGAUGGGACUUCUGUGGUGUGUAAUGAGUCUCUACUUCUACGGGAUCCUGCAGAGUGAUGCCUCGGAACGCUGCGAUGACUGGGGGCUAGACACAAUGAGGCAGAUCCAAGUGUUUGAAAAUGAGCCUGCCCGCAUCAAGUGCCCACUCUUUGAACACUUCUUGAAAUUCAACUACAGCACAGCCCAUUCAGCUGGCCUUACUCUGAUCUGGUAUUGGACCAGGCAGGACCGGGAUCUUGAGGAACCAAUUAACUUCCGCCUCCCUGAAAACCGCAUUAGUAAGGAGAAAGACGUGCUCUGGUUCAGGCCCACCCUCCUUAAUGACACAGGCAACUAUACCUGCAUGUUAAGGAACACCACAUAUUGCUGCAAAGUUGCAUUUCCUCUGGAAGUUGUCCAAAAAGAUAGCUGCUUCAAUUCUCCAAUGAAAGUCCCCGUGCACAAACUGUACAUAGAAUAUAGUGUUCAGAAGAUCACUUGUCCAAAUAUAGAUGGAUUUUUCCCUCCCAGUGUCACACCAACCGUCACUUGGUACAUGGGCUGUCAGAAAAUACAAAACUUUCAUAAUGUGGUACCUAAAAACAUGACCUUGAGUUUUUUCAUAGCCUUGGUUUCAAAUAAUGGAGAUUACACGUGUGUCGUUACAUAUCUGGAAAAUGGGCGCGAGUUCCACCUCACCAGGACUCUGACUGUAAAGGUGGUAGGCUCACCAAUAUAUGCAUUGCCCCCCCAGAUCCAUUCACCCAACGAUCAUGUGGUCUACGAGAAAGAACCAGGAGAGGAGUUACUCAUUCCCUGUAAAGUCUUUUUUACCUUCCUGAAGGACUCUCACAAUGAUGUUUGGUGGACCAUUGAUGGAAAAAAGCCAGAGGACACCACUAUUGAACUAACUGUUAAUGAAAGUGUAAGUUUCAGCAAAAUAGAAGAUGAAACAAAAACUCAAGUUCUGAUCAUCAAGAAAGUUACUGCUGAAGAUCUCAAACGCAACUAUGUCUGUCAUGCUAGAAAUGCUAAAGGGGAGGUUUACCAGCCAGCCAAGGUGAAACAGAAAGUGGUAGCUCCAAGAUACACAGUGGAGUUGGCCUGUGGUUUUGGAGUCACAGUCCUGCUGGUGGUGGUUCUCAUUGUCGUUUACCAUGUUUACUGGCUGGAGAUGGUCCUGUUUUACCGAGCACACUUUGGAACAGAUGAAACCAUUUUAGAUGGGAAGGAAUAUGAUAUUUAUGUAUCCUAUGCAAGGAAUGCCGAAGAAGAAGAAUUUGUAUUACUGACCCUCCGUGGAGUUUUGGAGAAUGAAUUUGGAUACAAGCUGUGUAUCUUUGACCGAGACAGCCUGCCUGGGGGAAUUGUCACAGAUGAGACCUUGAGCUUCAUUCAGAAAAGCAGACGUCUCCUGGUUGUCCUAAGCCCCAACUACGUGCACCAGGGAACCCAAGCCCUCCUGGAGCUCAAGGCUGGCCUAGAAAACAUGGCCUAUCGGGGAAACAUCAACGUCAUUUUAGUGCAGUACAAAGCUGUGAAGGAAACGAAGGUGAAAGAGCUGAAGAGGGCUAAGGCGGUGCUCACGGUCAUUAAAUGGAAAGGGGAGAAAUCCAAGUAUCCACAGGGCAGGUUCUGGAAGCAGCUGCAGGUAGCCAUGCCUGUGAAGAAAAGUUCCAGGUGGUCUAGAAGUGGCGAGCAGGGUCUCUCCUAUUCAUCCCUGAAAAACGUUUGAAAGGGACAAUGAAAGUGUAACAUAUGCAAGGGUACUUGGGAAGAAAGAGUUCCUCCUUUAUGCCCAAUUUAUUGUUUCACAGACAGAAAACAAUUCUGUGGAAGCCUUCCCAUAGGGAUAAAUUCAGGGUGACUGUGUGACUAGCUGUUCUGUUUCCUCAGGCAAUACUGAGUUUCAGAAUGAUUGUGUCACCAGUCUGUCACCAGUCUCUGAUGUCACUAUGUUUUUUGCAGGCAAAGACUUGGUUGAUGCACAUUUUUUCUUCUACAUCUUCUAUCCCUCUUAUUACUUGUCUCUAUUCCCUCUCUCCCUCUCUCCCUCUCUCUCUCUCUCUCUCUCUCUCUCUCUCUCUCUCUCUCUCUCUCUUUCUCUCUCUCCUGCCCCUCUCUCAUUUUAAUAUUAUGGGGCAGCCUUUGGCCCUGAACUGAAAGAUAAGCAGGGUCUAAAUUUACUUUACCUGAGGAUAAUGAGCUCUUUUGCUCACUCUGCUGUCCCACACACCAUCACAGCUGGACUGACACCCAUGUAGAUGAUACAGAGCAGUAUUACUGAAACUGUUCCUGUAACUGACUAUAGGACUUGCCUGCAUUUUCUCCUAUACCCUUGUGCCUUUUAUCUCAGGUAGUUGAUGUCAUAUUUGUCAACUUGAAAAACAUAAUGUUUUUAUUAUAGUAAACUUCUGAGUAUCUCUAGGUUGACCCAUACUUAUUAUUCUAUCUUCCUUCUCCACUGUAACUUACUUGUAUCAGCCACUCAGAGUUUAUAGGUGGCUCUACACCUGGCUCAUACUGGAGGGAAACUUCUCUAAUGGUGUUAAUAGAGUGAAAUAGUGCUUUUAGGGCAUUUUCUGGCUUAUGAGAAAAGAGCAGAACAGGGUAUUUGGCCAUUUUUCUUUUAAUCUCAGCAUUACUAAUGUGAAUAUUAGAAAAGUGAUUUCUCCUCAUUUGUUUCUGUCUCCCCAUUGUAAAGGGUUGAAGUCAGACUCAGUGACCUUAAGAGGGGCUUUUAGCAUUAAUAUUCUAAGAGAAUUAACUGGACCUCUAGUAUUUUACCUAUUUUAUUCACUGCUACAGUUAACACACUCAAUCCAAACAGGUCAGCUGAAAAAUCGUCCAUGUAACUUGUUUUAGUUUGUUUUUAGUAAAAUUUAACUGUUUUUAGGGCUUGGAAAGGUAAAAAUUAAGUCCACAGUUUACAGAGUGAUAAGUAUCUGUCAUAUAUAUGUGUGUGUAGGUAUGUAUAUAAAAAUUACAUAUGUGUUUACCUAUAUUACACAUAAAUAUACAUGAAUUAUAUAUGUAUAUACACACAUAUAUAUGCACUUAAUUAUAUUCAUGUGUGUGUAUCUCCACACACACACAUAUGUGUGUAUAUAUACAUAUAUAUAUGCACAUAUGACUUUAACUAGUCAUUAGCACAGUAUUAUAAGCUACUGGAACUCUCGUCCAGUCUUUGCAUUAUGUUUUUACUGUAAUGCUUUUGUGUCAGUGUUUUCUAUAUAUUAAUAGUAUUUGUGAAUUCACCGAUCACAGAGAAGUAGCUGUUGUUAGUUCACGCCUUCCCUAAAUUAGUAUAAACAACUUACUACUGCUACAGCUCAUCUAUGGUCUGUUGUGCAUAGAGUUUCUGUGGUCACUGCUAAGCAGUAGCCAUCAUUUAGUGUUAGUUGAUCAUUUACUAUGUUCUGGACACAUACACUUAAAAACUAAACUAUGUGAAUCUGAGUGCUCCCAGUAUUGGAGAAAUCUCUAUUUAGACUGUUGAGUUAUAAAUGAGCCUGAGUAUCCUAUGAAACACCAUAACCUAUAAUUUAAGGAAACCCUUAUCCUGUAGUAUAUUGUUGAGCAAUUCUAAAACUAUCACUUACAUUUAAAGGUCCUUCAGCAGUAUUAAAGUAAAUAGUACAUAAUUUCUUUAUAGAGGAUCAUUGAUCAUUUUAAAUUGAAUAUAAGCAUGAAUUCUUGACUAUAAAACUGAUCUAAAAGUCAUUCUUGGCUCUAAUAUUUUUAGCCUCAUUAAUACUUUUUCUUGUAACAAACCACAAUCAUCCCUCCUAACUAUCCUUCACUCACAAGAACAGAGGAAACCUGACUCCAGAUAAUCUUUGUGUAUCAAAUUCUUGCAUUAGCUUUAGAUAAAUUGGGGGGGGGGCAGUCCCAUCACCAAGGGUCCAUUCUUUUUGCACUUUUGGAUUCCAUAUUUAUCCCAAACACUGUUGGGUGUCCCUAGAAACAUCUUGACAUCUUUUUUUCCUAUUUAUAUUCUUGUCUUUGGUACUGAACUUUUCCAAAUGCUAAAAUCUAAAGCAUCUCAAGUGUACAUGAUAUGUCUCAUUUUAAGAGAAAAUUUUCAAGAUAUUUUAUUUGUUUUAUGUCUUAGAAGAUGCCUAAUACAGAGUAUUUGAGGGAGAUGGAAAACCAUAAUUUAGAGAAUGGAAAGGAAUUGCUCUCUCAUGUUAAAAAAGAAAUCUCUAAAGUUAAAAAAAAACUUAAUGUUUGAGAUAUGUGAUAUAAAGACCUUCUUCAACCAAGUUAACAGAGAACUAUGAUAUAUAGAGUAUCUAAUUACACAAUUAUUGUAUAUACAAAAUUUAUCUAAUUUUCUUCUGUAUUGUAACAGAUGAUUCCCUAGGAUUCAAAUAAAAAUCAUCCCUUUGUAUUGGAGAACAAAAGCAUCACUCCGCUGUUAAUCAUCCAUUUUCUUUCCAUAGCUUUUAAUAUUUUAAGGUUAUCUUUUUUAUUUUCUUCAUAAACUUUUGUAUUUUCCAUUUGAUUUGUAAAUUUAUUUUUAAAAUAAACCAUUUAU